CGAAGCAAAAUGCCGGCCGGCGUCCACUACGAUCUGCUGCGGGGGGCGAUCAUCGACAACGGUCGAAAAUUCGAAUGCUUUUCCCACCGGGCGCCCUUCGGACGGCGACAGUCUCAUUGGACAAGAUCGUCGUUUUCUUCGAUUGUCGUCAUGCCUCGCACGUUGGAGCACAGAACUUUCACCGAUCUCUCUUCUGUCGACGGGCUUCUUCGUUGAACGGUCGACCGCCGACGUCACACUGCAGCCCUUUGAACGGCCCUUACAUGGCCGACCUUCUGCACAGGCUGCCUCUGCUGGUCCUCGUCGUCGUGCUGCUUCUCCUCGUUGUCUUCUUCCACGUGUGUUUCGUCGGCCUCGUCCCGAUCGCGGCUCGCAGAAGGAGAUCUUCGAAGAAAGCUCACAGGAUGGAUCGACGACUAGGCAACGGCAGACCGGCAGGCACAACCUUCGGAGCGAGCAAUUGCCAACACAGUGCGGGUUCUGUGGCGAAGCGGCCGUACGACCCGAGGUUGUAUGCAGGCCUGCCUUCUCACGAGAUUCCUCUGCCGCCGUCGGAUGACGAGGGGGGCGACGCACGGUCGUCGACUUUGCCGUUGGGAAGUGGGUCUACGCAGGAAUGGGCGGCGACGCAGUCAUGCGGAGGCGGGCGGGUGGAGACCCCGUGGACUUACAUGUCGCUGCUUAACGAGGGGUUGUGCGACGACGACGACAAUGCAGCGGUUGAUCUGAGCUUCCAGUUGUCCAGCAGCAGCAGAGCAGCGGCAACGCACACUCGGAUCAUCAAUCCCCACCCGGGUGCGGAUUGCGCGCACAACACGCACGGCGGUGUGUGUGGGCCGCGAGACGGUGGUCUCCCUCAAUCGCUUUGUGAAGGUGGCGGUAAACGGAACGAGUCCACGUCGACCAUCGACGGAGGAGUCGGUGCGCGUGAACGUUCAGAGUGGAUGCGGUUGUCACCUUUGUCGCGGAGCGGAUCUGGCGCUCCUUGUGCACGGCAGCGGCCGGAGGUUUUGCAUCAGGAAGGUGCGGACAUACAGCGCGACAGCAGGCAGCUGUGGGCAGAGUGCAGGCAGGCCUCGCAUCAACGUGGAACGGAGACAAUCACAAGAGGGGUGCAACGGCUCCACGUGGACGAAGGGAACGAAGCUGCUGCUGAGGAGGCCCGGGGGUGUGACGACGGUGAUGGUGACAACGAUUGCAACUCCGACGAUUUGCCAGACAUAAGGCCGCUGGGGAGGAAAGCGACGAAGGGCGGAGCGACUGCAAGGAAGGGUCCCGCUGCAAAAAGUCGACGGAAUAAGAAAAUGGAUGACGACACGGGGCGGAGCGAUGGCGAGGGCGGCCAGAAUUUCUGGUCGGUGGGAGACACGAUCGCACUCGUCAGGGCAAGAAGGGACCAAGAUCUGUAUAUCGCCGGCAUGGGCACUAGUUUCGCCCGCAUGAAAACGAGGGAGUGGAAGUGGGAGGACGUGCGGGCGAGGUUGCAGUCGAUGGGCGUGACGAGGGAUGUCGUCGACUGCGGGAAGAAAUGGGACAACUUGAUGCAGCAAUUCAAGAAGGUCCACAAGUUUUUGAACCUCUCCGGCGGGAAAGACUACUUCAAGCUUGCAUCGAAGGAGAGGCGGUCGGAGGGCUUCAACUUCGUCAUGGACCGGAGCGUGUACAACGAAAUGGAGGCCACGACGAAGGGGGAUCACACGAUCCACCCAAAAAAUUUGGCAGACACGGGGGCGGCCGGUGGGGUUCAGAUGCCGGCAGGCGCUGGGGCUGCAGGUGACACCAUGGGCAGUGAGGGUGGAGGGGACGCAGCCAAUGAGGAGCAGGGGUCGACGAGAGACUCCACAUUCAGCGCGGGGAGCGGCGACGGCGCCGUCACGUUCUCCUCUGCUGCUUCCUCCUCCGUCGUGAACACGUCGUCAUCUUCCUCCUCGUUGGCUGCGGAGGGGGGCUCCAUGGAACGCGGGGCAGGGGAUGGGGCCCAACAAGAAGCGCGCGUGGCGGCUGAGGUUGCAAUCGCUGCUGCAGCCGCGGGGUCAUCGGGCAAUGUUGGUGUCGUGGCGAGGGCAAGAGAAGAGGUCCCAGUUGUGGAGCGGGAGGCGACGCGCGUCGACAACAAGGGUGAAAGGGAGGAUGAAGACCCCCUUCUAAGUCGGGUCCGAAGGGGAGGAAUGGCGAGAGAUCUGGCCGACCGUGCCCGCCUGUGGGUCGAUGACAAAGCGUUCUGGACGAGGGGGGAGGGGCGAAGGCUGUACAACAUCGUCCACGAAACGUGGGAGUACUUUGUCGCCAUCGCCGGUGGAAUGCAAACGCCCCCCGUGCCCAGGAGUGUUGUCAUGCCGAAAUCAUCGACGACCGUCACAAGGAUUGCGGAUCCCGCACAACUGCAGCAGGCGAUCGCCCGCGCGAUGGCAGCGGGGAAUAUCGCUCUGCGCGUCUUGCAUGGAUGGGUCUUCAAGUCCGGGAACCAUCCCCGAGGAUUUAAUGUCGCUUUCCAGUAUGCGUUGGAGUCGGUGGCGACGGACAUUGCGCGCGUCAUGUGGAACGGCGAGGAGUGGAGUAACGUCGUUAGCGCGCCCGUUUGCGCGCACACAAUCGACCCGAACAUGGACCUGCCUUUGUGGUUCGCGGGCACGAACAUCGAAGACAGGCCGGAAGACGACGACAUGGCGGCACACCAGGAGUCAACCGUCAUAUGCAUCGCGCGAGCGUUUCUCGCCGCGGUGCAAAUGGGUGGCAUCGUCGACGGUGGUUUCAUCUCGCACGAGCGUCUGUCUAGAAUAACGGAUUGCUUCAGAUUGAUGUUGGCUGCUUGCAUGUGGUUGAUGCGCAUCGCGGGAGACAAUGCGCGCAACCACCACGAAGCUUUUUACUUCGCAAAGCUCGUCGCGAAGCCCACGCUCGUCGCAUCCAUUCAUCGCGCUUUCGAUCAUCGGCGAUCCAUCAUCCGAGCUACGAACGCCGUCACGGAGAGACUGGGGAAGGCGAACGCAACACUCGGAGAGUACCCGAAGUACAUCCCCGACAGGGCUUCCUGCGGCAUCGUCUUUGGGCAAGAUGCGAGCAUAACGGGGCCAGAGGACGCGAAGAGGAGGGAUUGGUUGGGUUCCGGCCCCUUGAAGGACGACGACGCGAAAGAGGAUGCAUAGGGGGGGCGGUCGGGAGGUAGAGGGUGUCGCCGGUGCUUACACGUGCAGCGCAGGAGAAGUCGGCGCAGCUUGUGGCGAGACAAGUUGAUUGCGCUUGAGGCAUCCCUUUUUUUUUGUUUGUAAAAUUCGAAUACAGAACGAUAUUUCAUCAGUUUUAAGAUCUGCGCUCGCUUUGUUUGGUCACUAUUUCGUUUUCGCAUUGUUUGAAAUUAGAUCGACGGAUCGUCAGUUUUAAGAUCAAGAAGUUGUGUUUCUUGGAUGCACGUCCAGACGACUCUUCUCCAUUUGCAUGUGCCAUCGUCGCUCAUUGCUUUGUUUGCUUUAUUUCUUCCCCCCCCCCCCCUCUUACUCGGAUUUGACAAACAAAACAUGUGAACUAAACAUGUGUUCAUGUCCCACUCCAACCCUCGCAUGAAGACAUAGCGCAGCGCAUCAAACUCCAUGAAAUGUCCCAUAAAACAUACCAUGAAUAUGCAAUGGCACAGAGAAUGAACGCAAAGAAAAAGC